AUGCGACGAUCAUUAUCAGUAGUUUUCAUAACCUUAAUAAUCCCCCUCACCCACGCUCUCCUCGAUACGGGAUUCAACAUCACCAAGCCCUCCUGGCUCUUUAACGGCAUUCUUCCCGCAUCUGCUACAGACGAGCUCCCCGCAGCCUGUAUCUCCGCAUAUACGGAGCCCAUAAACUGCAACACCACGAUUUUAAUAUCCCCCAACCUUGACACCAAGAACGAAACACUCGAGGACUCAUGUAACCCAACCUGUGCAGCCUCACUACUGAAUUUCCAAAAAAAACUUAAAGACGCAUGUGCAGGCAUUGAUCUCAGGGAUCUGAACCUGGAUACAUCAUGGCUAGAAGCAGCGGUGGACGGCGAGGCAGGCGUAUUAUUAUACUGGAAACAAUGCGUCCGAGAUCUAAAGACCAAUGUGCUCUGCAUGAUUACCGAGGAGGACUAUGUAAUCGCCUGGAACGCCGUCUCCGCCGACACCGCCUCCGACGCCUCCGUGCAGCGCUUCUGCGCCGACAACUGCCUCACACAGUCCGUAGUUCUCAAUGUCCCCAGCGCCGAGAACCUUGAAGACCUGCGGGAGAUGUGUAGCGAUAUCGAGAUUGAGGAGUUCCCGUUUAUUGAUGCUAUGGUGUUUGCGAAUCUUAUAGAGGAGGAUAACGGUGCUGUGGUCGCGGUGGGGAUGAAUGCGAGUUUAGGGCCUCCAGGGCCGCCGGAGGGGAUAGGGAGGAGCUCUGGCGCCGCUUCUGUGGGGAGGGUUGGUACAGAGGUGGUGGUGGUGGCCUCGGUGGCAUGGGGGUUUGCGGUGUUAUAUUUAUAA